GGUGAAAAAUAUUUUAUACAGACUUAAACCAGCGACCAAGAAGUGUACAUCGGCAUUUGUGAAGUAAUUGUUCAUUUCUGCGAAUACCUCGGUUCCCGCACCAAGAUGAAACUGUCGUUCAUCUUCGAACUCCUGCUGAUUUUUAUUCUUAUUGCGUUUGCUGCGUCGGCUGUUAUAGAUUCUAGGGCCUUGCACAAUACUAAAAGUGCUAUAACACGAAAACAUGGGAAAAUUACUCAUAAGAGACGCCAAGACUCCACUACUAAUAAAUACUGUAGCUGCUCCACGAAAAUCUGCAACUGCUGCAGGGAAUUUAAUAUACCCGUAGUUUCCUUACAAGGACCUGGAUGUGCUUCACUUCAGUACCUGAAAGGAGAUCGUCUAGCAAUUUCGAUGAGCUUUGGAGAGCGGGUACUCACGAACACAACGAUUUCAAGUAAAAAACCCCGACCUGUCUGCAUGCCUUUACCCGGCGGAGUUUCGAAAUUCUGUGGCCGUGUUUACAACAUCGGCCGUAAGGGUGACGAUUUUAAAGCCUGUCUUGGUCUUGAACUGCGCGCUUUAAACGACGUCGAGGCCGCCCUUCGUGUGUCCUGUUUCCGUUUUGGUCCCAACGGUCUCCGAGUAGAGCCUUCGCAGCCGCUGCCGGUCGUAGAGAACGAAGACGAUGAUGAUGAUGACGACGACGACGACGACGACGAUGAUGAUGAUGAUGAUUACGAUUUCGACGAUGACGAUGACGAUGACGAUGAUAACGAGGUGGACUCGGCGGAUUAUGGGACGUUCAGCGUGUUCGAUGACGACUUCAUCGGGGAGUACUUCGCGGGGGGGAGCUCGGGGGGUAAGAAGAAGCGGCCGGCGAAGCCCGCCGCCACCACCACCACCACGAAAGCUCCCGUGCGGAGAGUGAUUCCGAAGCGCAAGCCCACGCGUGCGAGGGUGCCCGUGAAAAGCUCGACCGCCCCCGUCAAACUGCAAGCGACGCAAGUUUCGGGUGUGAUGAAUGGGGCGAGCAAUCCGCCAGAUAUGCAGACCCCUGCCGAGAAAGUUCCUUCGUCACCCCACGAAUCAAUUGCUGCCGUGACUGUUAUGUUGCAAGGUCCCUCCGGAGCGGGGUCCCAGGGCGCCGCCGUCGACGCGAAGCCCGUCGAAGUUCUUUCCACCCCGGCGUCUAUAGACACACCAGCCCCGACCGCCACGCAAACUACUCAACAAAUGCCGGAUGUGUCUACAAAUGUCUUAACUGAACAGCCAGUCGGAUUGAUGUCCCAGGGGACUAUAUUGAAGGAUAUUACUGAAGAAUCCAUUAAUCAGAACUUGGAGACGACAACCCCAUUCGAGAACGCGGAGGCUAUAACGAUCGCUCCGAACAACACAACUAAAACAAUUAACAAGAAGGAGAAAAAAGACGAGUCGGAAGAAGACGACGACCCAAUUUCUGAAGUUGUUGGGGAAGUUAUAGAGGAUGAAGUGGACAGCGACGAAUCAACUACUAACGAGAACGACAAAGAUAUUGAUAAACCUACUACUAAUAAACAGAAGUCUAAAGAUGUUUUAGAUGACAUUGUUGACGGAGUAGUGGACACUUUUGCCGACGAUGACGAUUCUGAUGAAGCUUCCACGACUAAAACGAAACCUGUGGCUGACGAUGACGAUGACGAUGACGACGAUGAAGACGACUAUGAAGUGAUUGACGACGAUGAUGACGACGAUGACGACGACGACGACGACGACGACGACGACGAUGAAGAAGAAAGCAGAAGUGCGCGAAAACGUAAAAUGAAAAAAAACAGAGGACGGCAAAGUCGUGACAUGUGGUUAGACAGACUACACUGGUAAUUCCGAAGCUCUUUCAGUAUUUAUGUAUUUAUUUAUUUAUUGUUAUUUAUUUUACACUGUACAUAUGUAUGUAAUUAAUUCCAACAAUGUGCUCAAUUACUACUUUAUUUAAAUAAAAUGAAGCCUGAUA